CGGUUAGAAACAACACCUCCAAAUCUUAUUUCUUACCUCAAAACAUUCAGCCUUUAAUAAUAAAAAAUCUCUGAUCAAGUCGAUAACCAUUCCUGGGGAGGAUGAAAGCAUCUGAAAGAUAGAAGGCCACGCGUCGGACACGUCUUGGAGGCGGAGCCGGCCCUGCUUUCACCCUCGACAGCUUUUGACUGAAUUGGUCGAAUGCUAAUCGCACUGUCUCCAGACGACAAGAAACGACCAGCAGACGGCAAAGUUCAUCACUGUCAACUGAUACAACCUUCCCGAUUGUUACUGCAUUGCUGCAGUAACCUUCGUACGCUUAUAUGCUGAUUAACUUGACAAACCGUAAAUUAUAUGCAGUAUAUUGCUGAAUAUAAAGUCAAGCCAGGCUUUGGGUAACAAUGGGCUCUGAGCAGAGUAGCCACGGUGCGGUGCCAAAGAACAGUAAAUCGACAAGGAUAGGUCAGCUGAGAAGAGGGAAGUCCGUACCGGAACCCAAACGCCCUGAGCGGGACAGUGUUGAGGGUUCAAGACCAGGUAGUUGUUCUCCAGGGCUUAGCGUUUGUUCCGAUUCAGACCUACCCUACAUUUCAUAUACUGUGAAUAGGCCAAUCGGAGAUUCUCCUAAGCUGCAGACAAAACAAACUAGCCAUCUGGCUAGAGGAAGAUCGCUGGGGACAAAUGCUUUGUCAUCUCCGAGGAAAAAUGUUUUGAGAAAAAACCCCACUCACAAGGCGCACAAUGUUAUCGUAGUCAAACCAGCGGCAAAAGAAGAAACCGCCGACAAAGACCCAGAUAUUAUUAGACUUCAGAAAAUUCCCAUGUUCUUGCCAAUUAUGAGAGGGACCCUGAAUUUACCAGCACCGAGAGACCCGGAGAUACUCGAAAGGCUGGAUCCAAACGCGCUUUACAAUCUGUGCUUGAAGUGUGAAAAGUACCUUCACGAAUGUGCAACCCAAGUUGCUGGUGAUCAACACCUGCUCGCCCUUCAGAUAAAGGAGAUUGACUCCGAAGUUACCAAGAUAUACUCGCAUUUGCUUGAGAGGCAAAAAACUUUUGCAAAGCAAGCAGACAGCCUGGCCAAGAUCACGGAGAUCACAGAUGAAAUUGAAAAGUGUCGUUCUACCCUUGACACAACCCUCGACUGUGUUCAGAAGCUAAACAACACGCUGCCGGAAGACGAAAGGCUGGAACCUUUUGUCUGGGCAACGGGAUAAUUUCAAAAUUAAUUAAUUCACCACGAAUGAAGGCCACUGACCAAUCAAAUUAUAAUAUUCUCAAAUUGUUAUAUUCACUACUAAAAAAAUGAUUAAUCACCAUUAGCUUGAAGGGCCAGAAAAUUAUGGUCUCUGAUAAAAUUGUAUUUAAUUUAUUUAAUUAUAAGUAUUAUAAAUGCUCAUGUACAUAUUAAAGAGUAUUUAUUAAUUGCAGUCUUAAAAGGAUGUAAAUAAAAUUUUAGAUGUCAUGACAUCAAAAGUAUGCUAGUUAUUAAUUUUUUUCUCUGAAUUGUGAUAAAAAUUCAAAUAAUUUAUAAAAGUUACCUGUUUAAUAUUUAAUUUAUCACUGUACUGAAAAAAAAUUGUGUUUACCCCUAAGCAUUAUAAAAUCCAUUUAUGUGGAAUUGUUCAUCUUUUAUUAGAGUUGUGUUUAUGUUUUAUACUUGUACAAUUAAAAUAAUUGCAUUU